AUGACGGCGAUAACAGUGGACGACAAAUGCAUCUCGGUACCACUGUUGACACUGCCGGGCUGCGAGGACGAGCUCUCACUAGGGCUGGAUUUUAUCAGCAAGGCCUAUGGUACGCUCACCGCCGGCAGCCACAAGCUGGAGAUGCGAGAUGUGCGUGAGCGACGACGGCGGAGAAGGCGUCAGGCGCGCCGCAGAGUACGAUGUGCGGCAUUGGUGACCACAGAGCCAAUUGCUCCAUCGGCGGCUACGCUGACAGAUGAGCAGGCUGCUCAGGCUGCCACGUUCCUUCAGGAGGAAUUACCACGCUUUGAGAACAUUGUGGGCGUUGGUCAUUUUGAAAUUCUUUGCUACGGAACUAUUUUACAAAGCCAUGUUAUUUUAACAACUGCAUCAUGUUUGAUAAAUGACGUUGAAUCUUCAAACGUAAUAAGCUACUUGAAUUAUGAGAAAGUUAUUACUUUUUCAGAAGUGGCAACAAAUGAAACUAUAUAUCGCGUUGAUACCGUUCAUAUUUUUCAUAAAUUUAAUUUAUUGACAUGGGAACAUAAUAUUGCGCUUAUGAAAUUGGAAACUCCGCUUCCUUUAUCCUAUAGAAAUGAUCUGCAAUGGAUAAUUUUGGCGGAUCCAGCACAGAAUAUAGAAAAAUGUAUUUCGAUUUUAGAUCCGGAGAGAUAUAAGGGAUUUGGCUUAACAUGUGAUAGCAAAUUAAUAGGAAUAUUCUCAGAUUUUAGACUGCGGCAAGGAAAUGAGUUGCAGUUUAUAUCAGUUCUUCCGUAUUUCAAUUGGAUAUUUGAAAUAAUAUUGAACGAAGAACUCAAAGACAUGCAAAAUAAAAACUACACGACUUCAGUGCCUUAUCAAGAAAGAAAAAAUGCUCCUAUGGUUGAUUCAUAUACAAAUUCCAGCUAUUAG